AUGUCCUCGUCGACUGCCCACCCGUGUGCCAUAGGCACUAACACCCAACCCAGAACGUCCAAUGCGUCUUCCACCGAAGCCUCAACUCAACCAACGUCUGAACCUCUUGCCGACAGUCAGCUUCCGCCGCAAAGACACGCGGGAGCUAUCGGGCUCGGUCCCUUGUACGGACAGGGAGCAGGUCUUGGAGACAAGCUCGGCGGCUUACAAGAGGAGGUCAAGGGAAAGAUCACGAAGAACCCAGAACUAGUCGAACAUGGGCGCGAGCAGCGUACAGGGAUUUUGAAGAAGAAAGAGCAGGAACAGGAUGAUGAAGAAGACCCGUUCUCAAACCCAGAAGAUCAUAUCAACUAUCCUCCCGAGCCCCGUCGCGGUGAUCGCGGUUCCAAUAUCAUCGAGCCUCGGAAUCCUGAGCAUGACAAGCAAGUUCCUAAUCUCAUACACCCUCCUUCGACGAACCAACUCUCCCUUCGCUCAAAUAGUCAUUCGCAGACUCGCAUAUGCAUAUUGAAGAUGGAAAAUGGGCACGUCAGACUACAGUCCGCAGAUGACCCGACCUCCACCGAGCUCGCGGGAGUAGAUACGCGUUUCGAUGAGGAAGCUGUCCGAGAGCUUCAUGGGCAUCGUGAAAUGGAAUGGGCGUACAUGCCCUUACUGGGCGGCUGGAGGUGCACAAUUCUUGAUGAUGGAGGUGCUUAUGAGGCUAAUCUGACCAAGAAAAAUAUCUGGUACGCACCAAAAGGUCAACCUUAUUCCAUUCAGGGUGUCAGCAAAGGUGGAUGCGUUCACGCUAACGGAAACUUCUCAGAGGACAACACCUUCCUCCUUUCAAACUGGCUGGCUCAUAUGCCCAAAAAGGUGAUGGCCAAGAACUUCGGCCUUGAUCCCAGCGUUUUCGACAAGCUUUCACGGAAGGAAACAUAUUUUCGGGGGAUCACGCCUGAUACGUCCUCGCCUGGCUUGCUGUCUGACGUUCCGAAGUAUGAGCAUCGUUUCACGCACUGCCUUCUUGCCCAACUCCCGUCCAAGAUACCAGGCAAUACAGUCCGUAUUGAGGAUACCUCAAACUUCCCCGUCUCGAUGACCAUCGCCGCCGUGCAUGUGACUGUAGAGCCUCAUGGCCUGCGGGAGCUCCACUGUCGCCCGAAUGCCGAUGAAUGGUCGUUCUUCAUUAUAUGCAAAUCCGGCUAUCUUCCAAGUGUUAUCAGGAAUUCGGCGGGUCAACUGGUCACUCGUAUCGGCUCCGACCUCAUCCAUGCGCGGACGUCAAUCUUGAGAUGCACUGCAUCCUACAACUGCUCUAGUAGCGGCCUGAGUACUAUCCCUUCCACUGCAAUCGGCACCCCACAGAAGUCGGCAGUCACGCAAAUGUCACUGCCAAUUUUAAAGUCAGUUCGGCAGUCAAGCAAGUGGGCAAGGUCAAUUAGUAUUCGUUCGAAUGAGCAAGUAUAG